AUGGGAAAACAAUACGUGGUUAUUACUUUCCGCACUCAUUUUCCUAAAUUUGCCAAACUUUCAUGCAUUGAAAAUGAUUGCGAUAUUCGUUCGGAACAAUCGGUCAAAAAUAAAGACAAGAUUGAAAGCCAAGAAGAUUUACCAUUAAUUGAAUUAAUGCCCACAAACUCGCAAAUCAAACUAAUCGGACAGUUAUCUGAGUUCCCAUUUGAGCCCCGAUUCCUCGCAAACACUCCAUUGAAAACAAACUCAGAAAUGAGUGAUAAUUCGUUGUCUUUGCUGCCAAUGAUUGAGAAGAUGUCCAAAAAUACUAAACAAAAUUGGAUCCAAAGAUUGCGAGACUUUAAGAGAACGGAAGGCAACCGAAACUUUCAAACUCAAGGAUGGAAAUGAUUUAACUCUUGUUUUGCAAACUAUUAUUAUAUUAUAAAAUAAUAUUGUUAUCGAUUUAAAUCCAAAAUCCAUUAAUAAUCAAAAAAUAUUUGAUUUUAUAAAUAAUUAAAAACUUGUGAUUAAGAAAAGCAAAC